AUGUCGAAGAAAUUGGAGGCUCCGCUUUCCUUGUCUGACUGCCUCUGCCAAAUUUGCAUGGAGAUCUUUGUGGAGCCUGUGACGCUGCCAUGCAACCAUACGCUCUGUAAUUCUUGUUUCCAGCUGACCGUUGAGAAGGCCAGUCUUUGUUGCCCUUUUUGUCGGCGUCGAGUCUCUUCCUGGGCAAGAUACAAUGCCCGCAGAAAUACUCUUGUCAACUGGGAACUCUGGGAAAAGAUUCAGAAGAAUUACCCAAAGGAGUGUGAGCGUAGAAUUAACGGACAGGAUUUGGAAGAGGAAAUCUGUGUCCCCCAGCCACAACACCAGCUGAGCAAGCCUGGGGAACUGAGGCAGGAAUAUGAAGCAGAGAUUAGCAAGGUGGAGGCAGAAAGGCGAGCUCAUGAACAAGAGGAGAACAAGGCAAGUGAGGAAUACAUUCAACGGCUUCUAGCAGAAGAGGAGGAGGAACACAGAUUGGCAGAAGAGAGGCGGAAGGAGAUGGAGAAACAGCUGAAGGAAGAUGAAGAGUUGGCCUGGCAGCUGAGCAACAGUCUGAAUGACGAUUCCAAAGGACAUACGCUCAGCAGUCCUUCACCAGGAGGCAGUCUUUCACCUGAAACAUCCCCAGCUAAUUUGUGCAAGGUGAAGAACAAACCAAGAAACUCUGGAGACAUUCAGAAGUAUCUGUCUCCAAAGCUUCACCAUACAUUGGGAUCAGCAUCAUUCUCUAGAACAACAGAAGGAGGCAGGAGUGACUCUGGCUCUGCCACCAAUAGCAAGGAAGGCAGCAGUUCUGCGUGGGAAGACGAGCAAGAGGAAAUGCCAACACUGUCUCCACAGCUGACCAGUGUGAUUAAAGAUUCCAGUAAGGAUUCAUUUUUGGAAUCAUGCAUGAACUAUUUCAGUGCCUCAGCUUUGGGUGAAACUGCUGCUGUCAAGCAGAAAGAAACAUCAGGACCAAAUUGUCUAGGAACUGAAGUUUCAGAUGCACUUCAUGGAAUCACAGAAGGCGAAGGGUCUAGAACCAAUCUCUAUAGGUCCAAAGGUGAAGAUGAUGGAGUUGAGUCAGCCAGUGCCAGUUUAACAUGUGUAGAAAGCGUAAACCUUGAAAACUCUGAUGAAACUUCUACCUGUAUUCAGUCAGCAACAAAUUCUGUGAUGUCUGACAGCAAAAGUGUAAUAUGUGAUCUCACGAAGGUGGCUAGACACUCAGAGGGAGACAAACCAGAGACACUGCAGAACACUAAGGAGACUCCAAAAAGAAAGUUGCUGGAGCCACCAGCUGAAGCAAUGGUUGACUUGUGCGUGCUUGAUAAGAGGAGAAGAACUUUUCCAGGGAGUUUAGAGGACCAAGGGGAGCAAAUAAAUGAUUUUAACUUGCAAAUGCAGAAAGCCUUUGAGCAGGAGUUCUAUGAGAGGCGUAUGCAAGAGGAGCAGGACAGGCUUCUGGCUCUGCAGCUACAAAAACAGAUCAACAAGGAGGAAAAGACGCUUAAUCGACAAAAGGGCUCUCCAGAUGAGUACCUGCUGCGCACCAAACCACCUCAGUCUAUGAAAGACUCUCCUGAUAGAAAGGGAAGUUCUAAGACGGCAAAAGACUCAAAGGUAUCAAAAAACCAGGCUGAAACAAAUCACCGCAAGACUCGGAAAGCUUCUUGCAAUGAAAACUGGCAGUCCCCUGCCAGAGUCCGAAUGAAAUUGCCGAGCAUCAAGGGAGGAAAAGUUUUGAAUUGCGUGGUUAAUACCAGUGAUGCAAAUGAUAUUUGUUCACUACCUAAGAAUAAGCAAAAGACGAUCCUUCAGAUGUUUAAAGGCUCUGUCACGGAGUAG